AUGGAAGACUCCAGCGCUUCCGAUUCUUUGCUUCUACCCUCUUCUCCCGACGAGGCUUCAUCCUCACUUGAUGCUGAGCCUGCCACGGGAGUCCGCGCCGUGCGGCUGCGACUAUACCUCUCGCACAGCCUGUCCGCUUGGAACUCGCGCAUGUUUGAGUUCGGCGCCGUCCUAUUCCUAGCUUCUAUUUUCCCCGGGACACUGCUCUAUGCUUCGAUCUAUGCCCUGGUCCGGGCCUUGGCAGUCGUGGCGCUGUCGUCGUGGUUGGGAGAUCGGGUUGAUCGGGCGGAUCGCUUGGUGGCCGUGAGGCAUUCGAUUGGUUGGCGAUUUCCCUCUAAAGAAGACGCCGUAGUUACUCUCGUCUUAUUCGUCGCCGUGGGCUUGUUGGCUUGCGUGGAGAAAUUGGCUGCGACGGCCAAUACAGUGGCUGUGGAACGAGAUUGGGUAUAUCGAGCGGUCCCUGCUUUAGCAAAAGCACCGCCCUCUGCCUCCAAUGAAGAAGAGGACAUGACAAGCGAGAACGAAUCACGCAGUUUACUCCCGCAUUGGCAUGCCGCGGUAGCGCCCUGGCGGGAGUACGUGACCAGCCGGGUGUUUCUGGCAUCUUUCGCCCUCAGUCUGCUCUACCUCACUGUUCUCUCCUUUGGCGGAACCAUGGUCACCUACCUGCUGCACACGGGAUUCAAUUCAUUGGAGGUCAGCGCUAUGCGUAUCGGGUCUGUGGCCGCCGAACUAUCCGGGACCUGGACAGCGCCGUUCAUCAUGAACCGAAUCGGUCCCAUUCGAUCUGGGCUGUGGUUCCUUAACUGGCAGUUGUGUUGUGUGGCUGGCGCUGCAGCAGCAUACAUCUUUGACGCUAGCUCGCAGCUGGUUGCGUGCAGUCUUAUUGUAGGAGUGGCUCUGAGCCGAAUCGGACUUUGGGGCUUCGAUCUUUCGGUGCAAUUCCUGGUGCAAGACAAUGUCCCGGAGAACGCGCGCGCGCGCUUCUCCUCGACGGAGAUGGCGCUGCAGAAUCUCUUCGAGAUGCUCUCAUUUGCAUCCACCAUUGUGUUCUCGCGCCCCCAACAGUUCCAGUAUCCAGUGCUAAUCAGCUGCGGAGCCGUCGCUGUGGCGGCCGCAUGCUUUGCAGCGUAUGUGCGCCAGGAACGGGGGCAUCUACUGCACCGAUCGCGGUGUCUGGGCGGCGACAAAUGGGCCCAGCCUAUUGCGCAAGGACAAAGUGCCCAAAGCCCGGGGAACAGGCAGGUCAGGCCCGCGCCGCCGAACGGGCUGUCUGACGUGCAGGGCUCGCAAGCCGCCCAUCUCGCUCGGCGGAACGCCGUGGUCGUCUCGCUCACAACCCACGACUCCCGCCGCACCGCCAACACCCUCUCCGGCGCCCGCGUUGGGGGGCUGGCAUCGGCUGCGGCAGCGGUGGCGGCGGCUGCAAACGCAUCGCAGCGCUCCCCGGAUCUGAAUUUUUUCAACACUGUGCUUCGCUCCGAUGAACAUCACAAAACCAUUCCCGCGGCGGCUUCGCCGCUGCGCCGAUUGCCCCCGGACCCGGAGUCCUACCCACCCGACCUGGGAGGCCCAUUUGAUAUGCUUGGAUUCAUGGGCGGAAUCACCUCGGAGCUGGAGCAGAAACAUCUCGACUUGACAAGCGGGCCUGCCGCCGCGUUCACCGCUAGUCCAACGCCGCAGUCGCUCCCCGCAAGUAAUGCAUCGAAUCGCAACGGGGAGGAGAGAUCGUUUACUGCAGACCGACGAACGCCGCUUAGCCCGGAUGCGCCGUCCUCGCUGAUCGACUCGAUGGGCAGCGCCUCGGACACGCGCGGCAGCUGGUCAGACCCCGGAACUGCCUCGUACGAGGAUCAACUGCUGCAGCAUUUCUUAACUAUUGAUCCGCCAGCAUCGAUCUUUGGGCCUGUGGAAAUGGAGUGGAAGUAUGUGCGGCCAGCGAUAUUGGCACAUGCGCGUGGGUUCAGUCCCCUUAUAAAUGCCGUCUACUGCUACUCGGAUAUCCACAGAGCAAUGCUGGAAGGGAAGCAGUGGCAUUGGGCGCCUACAUAUUACCGGGUGGCCAGCUCGGAAAUCCAAGCUUGUUUGUUGGGCGAGGUGGCCGAGUCGACGUUGAUCAAGAUUUUCGCUGCGGUCUUUCUCCUGAUGUUGUCCGAGCUCCUCUCCUCGCCCGAGUUGUGUUCGCCCGAUACUUCAUAUAUUCAUUCUUCUUAUCUCAUCCUUGAACGCUUUCACGCCCGUACCUGGUCAUGGACUGGACUCGGACAUCUCCUGGUAUCGUGGAUAUCUCUGCUUGAUGUCAAAGCCUUGAUCGCUGGCCGAGAUGGCGACCCGCUCGUCGAGCUGGGGAAUGUGUCAGAGCACCGGGUAACAUCAAAUUCUUCCGAGAUGCACAGUCCACGGGCGAUUCAAGCGCCAGCUCCAGCCCCUGUUACCCCCGAGGACCGCAGCAGCGACUCCGACUACGAAGACCCCUUUCGCAGCCCCAGCUACCUCGUCUACGAAGCAAUCGUGGGCCCUGCGUUUCAAUUCUUUGUCCAAGCGCAGCAAGUCGUGCGACGCAUCGUCUGCAUAGAUCUACAUCAUCGCAGCCGAGGCACCCUCAGCGACGAAUUCGAAGUCCUCCAGAUCGCACAUAAAGUCGGUGCCGACCUUGAGACCCUCUGGCACCGGCGCCCACCUAUCGUGGACGUGUAUGGCCGACCGGAAGCCCUAGCCGACACGCUUUGCGCACCUAUUGCAACCGAAAUCUGCCGUACAUUCCGGCAGUACGUCGCCAACUUCCUUGCCAACUUCAUCUACCUCCACCGCGUGGCUUUUGCCAUCUACCCGCGUACCGACCGCGUCAAUGGCGCCGUAGACCAGAUCAUCCAGCUCGCCACUGUUGAGUCCGCCGCCGGCCCCGAACCUGGUCACCUGCCCGUCAGCUUCCUGUAUCCGCUUUUCGUCGCCGGCCUCGAGGGCUCUGCAGACCAGCGGCAGUGGAUCGUCCAUGAGAUGCAGCGCAUGGCCGCCGCACGCCGUGAGACAGAUCCGGCUGCGGCGAUAAACCGCCAUCCUUCUGCGGAUAAGGUCUUGCUUCUAUUGGAGGAGAUGACUCGGCGGCAGGAUGUCUCACGCACUUGGGCGGACUCGCGGUCCGUACGCAGGGAAUUGUUUUCGGACUUCUUUGUCAUGAUCUAG